UGUGUCACCCUUAUCUAACACAUGUUUUUGCAGUUCGCACACAUAUUGUAUUUUCUAGCGGGACCUACCAAAUCGUUCAGUAGAGUCUAGAAGAUAGACCACAUCCAUUGUUAUUUGCAAGAAGCAGAGAGCUCCAAAGUCGAAGCUCAAUGCCCACUUUUCUUCAACCAAUGGAAGCACUUAUUGUCGCAUUUUGACUCACAUACACCUUCCUUCAACCCCCUUAUAUAAACCUCAUUUGUUUAAUUUCAUUUUCAAUUUCAAUUCCGGAGAGGCAGAAUUGGAUUAAGAAGCCAAGAGGAGAGACUCAAUACUGAUUAAUUCUCCCCUCGGAUACUCUUUAAUCUCGCUAUAUUACCUUUGAUUCAAGUUUUUACAAUGUUUUGAUAUAGUUAUUGGGUUUUUUUCUCCGAGAACAAUAAACGUAUAACAGGAAUUGUGGUAUCUAAUUGUUUGAGAAAGAAGAAAACUAUGGAUCUCGUAGGUGGACCCCAGAAGAUUUUACACAAAAUCUCACUGAAUGAUCACAUGAUACUUCUGUUGUUGUGGCACAUUCUUCAUUUAAUUCUCAAAGUCAUAUACUUUGUUUGGGAGAAGAUACGUGCAAUUGAAAGCUAUCUUAUAGCAAAUGGAAUUGUGAAAACAUAUGAAGAUCUGAAUUUAGACAGAGUGAAGUAUCUUGGAAUUGUGGUUGAUAGUGAUGAAGCCCGUGAAACAUCAAAAGUUAUUGAACUUUUGGAGUGGAUUUCAGAUAUUGGUGUGAAAAAGGUUUGCCUUUAUGAUAGAGAAGGAGUGUUGAAGAAGUCCAAGGAAUUGUUGUUGGAGAAAUUUGAUUCUAUGGAGAAUUCAGAAACUAAUCAUAAAAGGAAAAUGGAUUUUGAAUUCGUAUCAAUUGUUGAUGGAAAAGAAGCAGUUGCUAAAGCAGCUAAUCUGCUAUAUAAAAAGUAUUAUUCUGAUCCAAAUUCAGAAAAACCAUUCUUUACUGAAACCUAUUUGACCGAAGCACUAAGGAUCCUAGGUUCUAAUGAGCAAGAUCCUGAUCUUAUACUAAUUUAUGGGCCCACGAGGUGCCACCUUGGUUUUCCAGCAUGGCGUAUUCGUUAUACAGAGAUGGUACACAUGGGAUCAUUGAAGAACAAGAAGUUUGGUUUGAUUUUGAAAGCCAUCAACAAAUACACCAAGGUGAAGCAGAACUACGGUUCUUAAGAUACUAUGGGUAUGAGGAAUCUUGUUACAUGUGGUUAUGAGGUUACGGGGAGUAAUAACCUUUUGUAAAUCUUUCCCAUGUGAUUUUUUCUUGGUUUUUGUGUAUUUAUGUCAAUAAAAAAAAACUAGACAAGAAGUUGAUUCUGUAUAUAAAUGUUGCAGAAUCUCUGUGUUUUGUGCAUGUAUGAACAAUUGGGAUGAAUGUAUGAUUGUAUGAUUGUAAUAUAGCUUAUUGAGAAAUGGAGAUGGGAUCUAAACAAUUGGGAUCAAUAAAUGAUUAAAUAUUUAGGAAACCAAAA